CGGGCUGGACUCCGGCAGAGGCACAUCGGGCUGGACUCCGGGCAGAGGCACAUCGGGCUGGACUCCGGGCAGAGGCACAUCGGGCUGGACUCCGGGCAGAGGCACUUCGGGCAGAGGCACACCGGGCUGGACUCCGGGCAGAGGCACACCGGGCAGAGGCACACCGGGCAGAGGCACAUCGGGCUGGACUCCGGGCAGAGGCACAUCGGGCUGGACUCCGGGCAGAGGCACAUCGGGCUGGACUCCGGGCAGAGGCACAUCGGGCCGGACUCCGGGCAGAGGCACAUCGGGCCGGACUCUGGGCAGAGGCACAUCGGAUUACCAGGCGAAGCAGCAGGCAGCGGGCCACCAGGCGGAGCAGCAGGGCACCGGGCCCCCAGGCAGAGCAGCAGGCACCGGGCCCCCAGGCAGAGCAGCAGGCACCGGGCCCCCAGGCAGAGCAGCAGGCACCGGGCCCCCGGGCGGGGCAACAGGCAUCGGGCCCCCGGGCGGGGCGACCGGGCAUCGGGCACGACAGUGGGCUCCGAGUCAACUGGCAUGACCGCGGGCACUGGGUCAGACAUUGGAUCGUCUGACUGGACAGCGGGCAUCGGGUCACCAGGCAUCAAGUCAUUUGGCUCGACAGCGAGCACUGCGUCAUCUGGCAAGGCAGUGGGCUCCGAGUCAACUGGCAUGACCGCGGGCACUGGGGCAGACAUUGAAUCGUCUAGCUGGACAGCGGGC